AAAUUCCAUGUCCAUCUCUUCUAAGUUGUAACCCUUGUCAAAUUAAUCCUUUUUCAAAAUUCCACAAUCGUCUCCUCCCAAAUUUUCAUCGAUCUAACCCUUCUCAAAUCGAGCCUCCAACCUUCUUCACGAGGUAUGGAUCGACUUCUUCUGAAACGCACGUAUCAUGCCGAUGGCGGUGAUGGGCAUUCUUUAUCUUUACUUUCUCCGCAAGGCCGGUCUGUGUGUGAAGACUAUCAAAAUCUCCUUCUCCCCUUCUCCAAAACAAGUUGUGUUCGUGGCAGUAGUUGUGGUGGAUUGUUAUACUUUGACAAUUUUAGGGGCAAAAUUAUUAUUUGCAAUCCAACAACUAGGGCGAUGAAACUCCUUGAUCCCCCUCAGAUGCGACAUUAUUCAGAUGCGAUUAUUAAUUUCGAGUGCAGUGGGUUUGGGUAUGAUCAUAAAUCAGAUGACUACAAAGUUGUGAGAGUCUUCGAUUACUUGUAUCAUUAUUGUACAGUGAAGAUGAAGAACCCGUGUCGUUAUUGUAGAGGAGGAGGGAAAACAGAGAUGAAAGUUGAGGUGUUUUCACUCAAAACGGAUUCCUGGAAGCAGAUUAAAGUAGCUGCUGAUUUUGAUUUAGAUGGCAUCUCGUCUUCUUCUGAGUGUUAUGUUAAUGGAUCUUGUUAUUGGAUAAAAUUAAAUCAUAGGGAUGAUACACUAUUUCACUAUAGUGUUUUAUCAUUUGAUUUUACUCGUGAAUGCUUUUCCACCAACAUCAGUUUACCACCAAUACACAAGGACAACGAGCAUUUAUUGGACUGUGACAUUCUUGUCAAGGUUCAUGAUGACAUGGUGGGUGUUAUCCGCUAUGAGAGGGCAUCACAGAGUUUUGGAGUUGUUACCACUUUUCGGCUUCUGGUAUUGAAAGAGAGCUCGUGGAUUCCUUGGGUUUGUGUUGAUCUAUGUGAUGUUGAGAGGCCGCUGAUGUUGCACCAAGGUCGAUUUUUGUUUUUAAAGAAAAAAAAUUCUGAGGGGAUGGAGCAACUAGUAGUUUAUGAUUUGGAAACCAAGAAGUUGGAGGAUCUGGAUAUAUAUGAUUAUGUAUAUUCCAUGAUGAUAUUUUCUUACGAAGAGAGCAGAUUUUCACUACCAGAUUCAAAACCAAUGGAUGGAUCCUACAGUAAGGAGGAGGAGGAGAGGGAGGAUCUAGAGGACAAGAGGAGGUUGUACAAGGUGGGCAGGAUGUUCAGAUCAGAUUUCAUGUACGAGUUUGAGAUUCAAAACCAAAUAAGGAGUAGGAGUAGGAGACGAGAUUAUGACUACGAGAUUCAAAACCAAUCAAGGAGUAGGAGAGGAGAUUACGAAUACGAGAUUCAAAACCAAUCAAGGAGUAGGAGGAGGAGGAGAGGAGAUUACGACUACGAGAUUCAAAACCAAUCAAGGAGUAGGAGAGGAGAUUACAACUACGAGAUUCAAAACCAAUCAAGGAGUAGGAGAAGGAGUAGGAGAGGAGAUUACGACUACGAGAUUCAAAACCAAGUAAGGAGUAGGAGUAGGAGUAGUAGAGGAUACCACAUUCAAAAUCAAUGGAUGGAUUCUACAGAAGGAGAAGGAAGAGGAUAAGAGUAUAAGACUCAAUGUGCAGUCGCAGUCGCGUCUAUUAUUAAAGGAAUGUUAGAUAGUAAUAAGCUUUUGGUAUUUCAUACAUUUGUGUCUAGUUUAUAUCAAUAUCUCUUUUCCUCUUACUUUUGGAAUCUCCGUUGUUCAUUUUUAGUCUCAACCAAGAAGUUCUUUUUGGAGUAUGAUUUAUCAAAAUAUCAAUUUGAUUUAUGAAUC